CGGUCACUAUAGUGAUGGGUACCUUGACUGGUUUUGGCUCUUCAAGACUGUCAUCUUCCUUAGCCUCAAUAUCGACCAACAGAGGAGGACCAUCUUCCCCAUCAAAAUCCAUCUUGUAAGGCUUGAAAAGGUGAAGCAAAUGUCUCGGGGAAAAUUGUGUUUUCUUUAGAAGAGCUCGAGCUCCAAGACGAAGCUCUCUUCAAACAAAAAUAACAGCAACAUGUCCCUCCCGCCCAGUUCUCCGAGGCUUCCAAGUCCACCUCCCCCAACAGAGAUCCAAAUCGGCCCCAAAUCACCAUCCCUAGGCAACGCCACGACCCAAGAACCCACCAUCGAGCAGAGCAUCAUUGAAGCAAAUGCCAGUCGGCGAAUACACCCCGGGACCAAGUCUGCAGACAUGGCAGCUGGUCCUCCCCUCAUCCCCCUGAACGAGCUCGACUCCGCCUUUCAAUUGCAAGAGCACCUCAAAGCUCUCCACUACCACUACUCCAAGCCCGCCAACAGUGAGAACAUUGUUCCCAUCACACGUGAGUCUGCCAUCCUCAUCGCCACACAACCAGAAGGCGUCGACCGCGCUCUCUGGCUCUACGAACUCUGCCGCUUCCUAAUAAACAAAUGCAACGACCUCAUCAUCGGCUUCCUGUUUGACGAUCCUCCUUGCUCCGCAACGACCUGCCCGGAAAUGCGGGCCAGUGAGUGGCAGUUCUUGUGCGCUGUGCAUGAAUCACCAAAGAGCUGUUGCGCGAUUGAUUAUUGCUGCCACACGCUUGAUUGGGCAACAAACAUUGUGACGAGUCAGAAGAUCUUUCCUAGUCGGUUGAGCCUGGGGGCAGGAGAUGCGGUAGAUGAGAGAGGUGCCGGGGUGAAGCAUUUGACGAAUAUUUUCAGGCGACUACACAGGAUCUUUGCACAUGCGUGGUUUCAGCAUCGAGGCGUGUUCUGGCAAGUGGAGGGACAGACGGGGCUGUAUGUUCUGUUCAAGACUGUGUGCGACACGUAUGACCUCUUGCCAGCGGAGAACUAUAAGUUGCCUCCUGAGGCAGAAGGCUUGGAACCGAUUGAGGAGCACAGGUCUCCCGUACCUUCGAUCAUGAAGUCUGCAGCUACUGCAGGCAAUUCAUUGUCUGUGGAGGAGGACUUUGUCAGUGUGGGAAGGACAAAUACGAGGCGCCAUAUUCGACAAUCGCCUUCUGUUGGAUCGGCUGUCACGACGGUAUUGGAAUCUGACGAGGAAGAAGCAGAUGUCACACAGAAACUAGAGGAGCUGCAAAUCUCAGAGGAAGAAGGAGAAGCUGAAGUGCCUGUCAUCGUGGAGACUUACGAGGUGGAUGAGGACCAUGAGGGAGAGGCUACCGGAGAUCUGCUAGGACCCGAGCCAGCAAGCCAGAGUGAGACUUCACCCAAAUCCGUUGAAUCAACGACUUCGACGGCGUCUUGGGACCGAAUGUCUUCCGAAUCACUAGGAGAUAAGCAGGAAGCGCCAGAGCACGAGGUGACGAAGGCGGAGGAACACUUAAAACCAGUGGCGGAGGAGGAGGAUGAUGCCACAACUCCCUAUGCCCAGACACAGGAUUCAUUUCAUGAAAGACUGUCGGUUGGUAUAGAGGAUGCAGAUGAGGAGCCGGAACCUGAUGCCUCAUGACUUCGUUGAAUCUGCUUAUAUAUUCAUUGUACGUCUAUGAUACCCAGGCACGCCAGGCAUGAGACUCGAUCGCAACAGUGAAAUAUGCACAUCCAAAUUCGGGCUUUGUGUGAGGAUUAAAAGAUUGGAUUUCCUCUCAAUCUCUAUGACCGAAAGAGGUCC